CUGUCCCGCCCUAUAAAUACCCAUGCUUUCUUCUGCUCCUACACCACGCACCCAAGCAAGCCAAGCGACGACCAGCAGCAAGCAGCCAAGGAAGCUAGCUAGCUAGCUGACCGACCAGCUGUGAUCGCAAGCAGGGCCGACCCCGACCGGCAGCGUAUAUACAUGACACUGUCCAUGACGGCCCCCGCGAUGGCAGCAGCGCCGCCGGCCUGCUCCCCCAUGGCGGCCAGGCUGACGAUGCCGCCGCUGCCGGACGCCGCGGCGCCGCUGUCGGUCGUGGGCUGCAGGCGCGUGGCGGCCAAGCACAAGGCCGUCGUGGUGCUGGGCGCCACGGGCACCGGCAAGUCCCGCCUGGCGAUCGACCUCGCGCUGCGCUUCGGCGGCGAGGUCAUCAACUCCGACAAGAUCCAGGCGUACGCCGGCCUGGACGUGGCCACCAACAAGGUGGGGCCCGCCGAGCGCGCGGCGGUGCCGCACCACCUGCUGGGCGUCGUGCACCCGGACGCCGAGUUCACGGCGGCGGACUUCCGGCGCGAGGCCGCGGGCGCCGCGGCCCGCGUCGCGUCGCGGGGCCGCGUGCCCAUCAUCGCGGGCGGCUCCAACUCGUACGUGGAGGAGCUCGUCGAGGGGGACCGCCGCGCGUUCCGGGAGAGGUACGACUGCUGCUUCCUGUGGGUGGACGCGCGGCUCCCCGUGCUGCACGGCUUCGUGGCCCGCCGCGUGGACGAGAUGUGCCGGCGCGGGCUCGUGGACGAGGUGGCGGCCGCGUUCGACCCGCGCCGCACCGACUACUCGAGGGGCAUCUGGCGCGCCAUCGGCGUGCCGGAGAUGGACGCCUACCUCCGCGCGGGCGGCCACGGCGACGGCGACGGCGACGAGCAGGAGCAGCGCGCGCGCAUGCUCGCCGCGGCGCUCGACGAGAUCAAGGUCAACACGUCCCGGCUCGCCCUGCGUCAGCGCGGCAAGAUCCAGCGGCUGGCACGCAUGUGGCGCGUCCGCCGCGUCGACGCCACGGAGGUGUUCCUGAAGCGCGGCCACGCCGCCGACGAGGCCUGGCAGCGGCUGGUCGCCGCGCCGUGCAUUGACGCCGUCAGGUCCUUCCUGCUGGAGGAGCAAGAGUACAGCAGCAGCAUGGUCACCGCCUCCAUGUUUGCCUCCACGGCGGCCGCGGCUGUCUAGCCUCCCCCCAGUGGCUCACCAGCUCAGCGAAUGGAAGAAUGAAUGGCCAGCUUGGCUGUGCUGCAUGCUCUGCUGCGGUCAACCGCGCGCUGACCGGCAGAGUGGCGCUGAUGAUAUAGUUGACCCUGUCACAAGAGCAGGGAAAGUAAUUAUUUUGUCCCCAUUUUCUCUGUAUUUUUGUACGAGAUGAUGCGAUCGAGCGCGAGAGCGAGUUUUGAGUACCC